AUGUCUGUUCAGAUAGAAAGACAUCCUCUCCAGGAGAAAUCCAUUCCUCAAGUGGGAAUCAAAGCAAAUAAAAUCGCCCAAGGGGAGUCGAUCACGCUGCACAACAAGACCUACAAACUCCCGACUAGGCCCACGGUAGUCAUUUGCGUCGAUGGCUUUGAUCCAUCGUAUCUCGCACAAGGCAUUGCCGAUGGCAUUCUUCCCACCCUCUCCCAGUUUGUGAGCACAGGCUUUCAUACCACGGCAAAAUGCGCCAUGCCCUCCUUCACGAACCCGAACAACCUCUCCAUCAUCACCGGGCAGCCCACCUCUGUGCACGGAGUUGCUGGAAACUAUUUUCUCGACCGCGAGACCGGAGAGGAAAUCAUGGUCGUUGACGACUCGCUCGUCAGGGGCUCGACGAUCCUAGCCGAGAUGGCCAACCGCGGCGUCCGCGUUGCCGCCGUCACCGCCAAGGACAAACUGAGGCGCAUCCUGCAGCGCGGCCUGUCGGAGACGAGCACCUGCUUCUCAAGCCAGUCCGCGGACGAUGAUACCCUGAAGUGGCUGGGCAGGCAGUCCCGCCCCAGCCAGUACUCCGGGGACCUCUCCAUCUGCGUCCUCGACGCCGGCAUAAAGCUCCUGCGGGAGGACCGUGCUGACCUAUUCUACCUGACGCUCUCUGACUACGUGCAGCACAAGCAUGCCCCCGGGGAGCCGGAAGCAGACGAGUUCAUGGCCGCGGUUGAUGCCCGCGUCAAGCAGCUCGUUGACCUCGGCGCCGUCGUGGCUCUGACGGGCGACCACGGCAUGAGCGAUAAGUGCGACGCGGACGGGAACGCCAACGUCUUGUUCCUGCAGGAUGAGCUGGAGAGCAAGUUCGGUCAGGGUUGUGCGCGCGUCAUUUGCCCCAUCACCGACCCCUUUGUCAAGCACCACGGCGCGCUUGGAGGGUUCGUUCGUGUCCACGUCAUGGAUGACCACAAGGAUCUGGUGGACGCGAUGCUCGAGUUCAGUCGGGGUCUCGAGCACGUUGAGGUGGCACUGGCCAAGGAGGAGGCGGCCGCAGUGUGCGAGAUGCCGCUGGACCGCGAGGGUGAUUUCGUUGUCAUAUCCAAGGGCAACGCCGUGGUCGGGGCCAGGAAGGAAGAGCAUGACUUUGGGAACCUCAAGGGCCAUCGCCUUAGAUCCCACGGCGGCUUCUCGGAGCAACAUAUUCCUCUACUGAUGUCUACCCCUGCUGUUGACCAAGCGCAGCUGAUCAAGUCUCGAGAAUGGAGGAACUUUGACAUCUUUGACUUGGUUCUAAACCAUGGUCAGUAA